CCUUUGUUGGCCUUUUAUUUACUUAGAAAUGCCAACGCAAUUUCGUUAAGCCCUGAAAUGGAUUCGACAACCAAACCGAUAUAAACCGGCUGCCUUCGCUGCCAAAUUGGCGAAUUCGUAAAGAAAUAUUGGACUAAAUGUUUCCAAAUGAACAUUUAGAUAGGAAGAAGGAUGAGAGAGGAGCAUCUUCUCGGUAUGAUGGACAUGAUCGUGAAUAUCGCCGUAGACGGCGUCAUGAACAGGAUGAACGUGGCUUGAGAAGAAGAGAACGACGUGAACGGUCACAUAGUCCUCAAAGGAAGAGGUCUUAUGAGGGUCAAGAAUCUUAUAAACGAAAUGCGGAGCAAGAGUUUUCGCGGAAAAAUGAUUAUUUUCGUUCUCGUUUUACUGGAGCUACAGAUCAGGAUACCUCACAAAGGAACGAUUCUAGGCUUGGAAAUUUGGAGGGAAUGGACUUUGGAGUGUAUGGAACACGUAUGUCGAAAGAACCUGCUUAUGAAGAACCUAAACAAACUCCUGGGCGGUUUAUCAAAGCUACUCAAUCAGAUCGUCCUUCUGGGGACACAACUAGGGAGGUGAUAGAUGAACAGCCUGCAAAAAGUCAGCGUUUAGAGUACAUAAUUGGUGACAAUGGUUCACGCUGGCGAAUGAUGAAGCUUCGGCGUGUUUUCGACAUGGCAAAGGAUAGCCAUCGACCUGUUGAAGAUGUGGCUCUUGAAAGGUAUGGUUCUUUAGAAGAGUUUGAUGAUGCUUUAGAAGAAAAAGAAGAGUUAGAUCAUCGAAAAGCAACGGGUAAAAUAAAAAAAGAUGCACCGACAGGCGAAAAGUAUCGGAAUCGCUUAGAGAAUGAGCGAAAGAGUAACCCCUUACCACCAGAAUCUUCUUCUUCUUUUUCAAAGCCUACUCAGGAUGAUUUGAAUAAAGUAAAAGCGCAGGUUUUACGAGCGCAGGCUAAAAACUCUUCAGACUAUGAAGCUUUGAAACAGCAAUAUGAUACCAUGUAUAAAAGGUUUGAGGAUACCACAGACGGAAAUGAUCAGUCCCGCUUGGAACCAUUUUUAAAUAAAGGCGACCCCUCUAUCGAAGAAAUGGUUCAAGAGGAGAAGCUUUUGAACAAAUUGGACAAGCAUGGAUUGAAUAAGGACUAUGCAAAACGUAUUACCAGAGAUAGCAGAUUCUCGAAUGAUUUCGAUUAUCUCGAUGAAAACGCAAACAGAUUAGCCGAUCGUAUGAAUCGAAGAGAAAUUGAUAUGAACCAUGUUUUUCAAGGAGGAAAUUUAUCAAAAAUGAACCGCGUACUCGAUUCUUGCCCGUUGUGUAUGAGUAUUAAUUCACAGCCGCUAGCACCUGUCAUUGCACUAAGCCAUCGUGUGUAUCUUUCUUUACCAACGAAACCUGAACUAGCAAAGUAUCAUUGCUUAAUUGUUCCUACUAAUCACCGUGUAAACAUGCUCUCCUGUGAUGAAGAUGAAUGGGAUGAGGUUAGGAAUUUUAUGAAAUGCAUCGCUCUAAUGUUUGAUUCUAUGGGGAUGGGUGUUAUUUUCUACGAAAACGCUCCUUCACCUCAAAGAUUUCUACAUACUGCAAUAGAAUGCGUACCUGUACCUAAACGCACACUCUCUUUGGCACCAGCUUAUUUUCGUGAAGCUAUUUUAACUUCUGAUGACGAAUGGUCGCAGCAUCGCAAAAUCAUUGAUACAAUGAAAGGUGCUGAAAAAUAUGGAAAAUUGGCUUUCCGAAAAAUGAUGGUUAAAGAGUUGGGCUAUUUUCAUGUUUGGUUCACGGUAGACGGGGGUUUUGGACAUGUUGUCGAAAAUGAAAAAAUAUGGGGUCAACAUGAUCAAGUUCCAAGGCAAGUAUUCGCAAGUAUGCUUAACCUUCCACCGGAAGUUAUACGAAGAAGAGGCAAAUGGACUGGCAUAAGGGAUCCAGCUGAAGAUGCUUUCCGAGCUCGUUUUCGUCCAUUCGAUUGGACUCAAAGCCUAUUGGAAUGAUUUCUUACUUAAGACUUUUUAUUUAUUUUUAACAUAGUAAUGUUGUAUACUAGUUGUUAAGAAAAAAGGACCAUUGGAAGAUAGCACCAGGGAAUAAUGUUGAAAUAAAAAAAAAGCUUUCUUAUCUCAAGAAACCUUAAAAGUUUUACAGUACACAAACAUUGUUCAUAUCAUAUCAUAAAAAUGCAC